AGAGUACAAUAUAUCUAUUGCAAAGGAAAUCUAGUUACUUUGGCAUCAAAAUCAAGCAUUUGGAAGAAGAAGAAGAAGAAGAAGGAGGAUUUGGAUGAUACACAUGGAAGGGAUCAAAGGAGGUGGAGGAAAGGUUGGUGUGGGUGAAGAUGACAUGGGUGAUGGAAUGCAAUGCAGUGACCAUCCUUACAGAAACAACCCAGGUGGGAUCUGUGCUUUUUGCCUUCAAGAGAAGCUUGGUAAACUUGUUUCCUCUUCUUUCCCUCUCCCUAUUCGUGCUUCUUCCUCUUCCUCUUCUUCCCCUUCUUUCAGAUCCGACAUUGCUACAUCUUCCAUCACACGCCCCUCUACUUCCAUCACUACCACAGCAACCUCAGUUGUUGCUGCUGCUUCUUCUUCUUCUCUUGCCCUCUCUUCGGGUAAAAAGAAUGGGAGUGAUGAUGCUCAUUAUCAUGAAUAUUAUACGAGGAGGACCCGCCUCCCUUUUCUUUUAGCUAAGAAGAAGAAGAAGAAAUCCUCUGUGAACUCAUCAUCUUCUGCUUCAGGUGCAACCUCUGAUGUCAUUCUCAAGCGCAGCAAAUCCACUGCUACACCCAGAAGAGCUCGUUCCUUGGUUGAUGCAGAUGAUGAUAUGGUCGUUGAUGGUUUCAGUCCCAGAAAAAGAAACGGUUUUUGGUCCUUUCUCUACCUUUCUUCAUCAAAGUCAUCUGCUUCCGGUAAGAAAUUGAAUUCCAAGAGCUUCAGGGACAGUAAUGGUACACCAAGGAUGUCAACAAUUAACGCAUCAGCUACAACUGUUUUGACUACUGCAAAGCCUAAGGACAAGUGCUGUUCCGGUUCUUCUUUGGGAAGAAAGAGUGACAUUGUUGUUGAAGAGGAGAACAGUCCCAAUAGCCACACCACUGCCUCUGCUUCUUCUUUUGAGCGCAAGGUUUCAAGAUCUAGAUCUGUUGGAUGUGGUAGCAGAAGCUUCUCUGGUGAUUUCUUUGAGAGAAUCUCUACUGGCUUCGGAGAUUGCACUCUCAGGAGGGUCGAGUCUCAACGUGAAGGUAAGCCAAAGGUAGCUGCUAGUGGUGCAGCCAUUAACCGUGGCGAUCACCACCACCAUCACCACUGCAUGAAGGAAAGAGUUCGGUGUGGAGGCUUAUUUAGUGGGUUUAUGAUGACUUCGUCUUCAUCAUCGUCUUCAUCUUCCUCUUACUUGGUUUCAUCCUCUGCUGAUGAUGCAAUGAAUGGGAAAUCAACGGCUGUGGCACUCUCUCAUAACAGGGUUAGGAGUUGGGGUUGGGCUUUUGCUAGUCCCAUGAGAGCCUUUAGCAGCAAACCCUCUUCUAAAGACAAUAAGAGGGAUAUUAUUAGAGAUGCAAAUGAUAAGAAUGCCACGCCAAACUUAUCUGCUAUGCCUUCCUUGCUUGCUGUUAGAGGCUGAACACAGAAGCAGCAAAGAAGAAAAGGAAAAGGAAUAACCAUUUGGGGGCUUUAACUUGGUUUAUACACGUUAGUAUGUUGUUAAUUACUGUCUAUUACUGCUUUAUUUAUCAUGUGGGUGGGUCUUGAUUUUCCUUCAUUAGUAAUCUAAUACUUUCAAGUUGUUCUUCCAGUUCUUUCAUUUUCCAUACUUUGUGGAUACUUGUGUGUUAAUAUUAAGGUGGAUGGAUGGGUUAUGUUCAUCAGCUGUGGAGUACUCUCCGGAAAUACGUUCUGGCACUGUGUAGAGUGUUUGGAGAAAGGGAAAUUGGAGAAGAAAAUCUCAAUACAUUCACUGUCAUCACGUGGUUUGUUUUAAUUGUGACAUUGGUUGUAUAUUUUGUAGCUUCCUUCUUGUAAGUUGUAACUCACACUAUCAUGUUAUGCCAAAGACAUGUAAUUUUUAUUUUUGAAAAUCACUAUUCACAUGCAUACACAUGUUUGUGUGGUGUAGACACCGUUGCGAAUCACUCGUAGCUAGAUAUUAUGCCUUUGUCAUUGAACUUAUAUGUAAUUUAUUAAGUUGUUAAAUGAUAUUUAUA